AUGUUACCCUUUGACGUCUCAGACCAUCCACAUAGCAGAUACAAGCACAGAUGCCAGUGGCUGUCGCAGUUUCUAAAUGGUUGGAAAUGUUCCCAUGUCGAGUGUAAUGCUCGCCCUCUGUCUCAGCGCGCAAUCAUCUGCAGAGGGGUCAAGAGACCGUUAUGGGCAUUAGUUUGGAUACUAGGAUUUCUAAAGGUCCUUUCUCUGCUGUGGACGGGUCUAGUCCACCUCUUUCCCGACGACCUCGACGCCCGUCUGGACGCCUGGGUCUUCCCCGGUGGACGACCAUCGAUAUUCUCUCACUGGACUACCCACGGGAUCACUCCCGUGCAAUGUCACUCACACAACGACUACUGGCGGCCCGUCCCGCUAUUCUCAGCCCUCAGAGCGGGCUGCAUCGGCGUCGAGGCGGACAUCUGGCUCUCCGGAGAUGAUCUUCUUGUCGGCCACAACCGUUUCACAUUGCACCACGCUACCACACUGCGCAGUUUAUACCUCGAUCCGCUGUUGGAUCUGCUUGAGCGGCACAACACCCGCUCGAGUCGGCUGCAGCCGGACAGAAAUGCGCAGGAUCUAGCGGGUGUGUUUGCUCACAACCCGUCCCAGACACUCGUUCUUCUCAUCGACUUCAAAUCGGACGGCAAUGAUACUUGGUCUUACCUGGUCGAGCAGCUCGCUCCGCUGCGCGAGUCGGGCUACCUGACGCAUUUCAACGGGGCUGAGACGGUUCAGCGUCCUGUGACGGUCGUCGCCUCGGGAGAUGCCCCCUUCCAUCUUAUUGCGGCUAAUAGCACUUACCGCGACAUUUUCCUCGACGCUCCGUUGGACAACCUAGAUCAAAGAGCUGCAGCCUCCGAUUACAACUAUACCAACAGCUACUACGCCUCCGUCGACUUUCGCAAGACCAUUGGAUCUCUCUCCCGAAACCGCUUCUCGCAGGACCAGCUGGCUCGCGUCCGCGAACAAGUGGCAGCGGCUCAUGACCGCGGCCUGAAGGUCAGGUACUGGGGGACCCCGACGUGGCCGCGGGGCCUGCGCAAUCAUGUCUGGCAUGUUUUGGUUCGGGAGGGGGUGGAUUUUAUCAAUGUGGAUGAUCUGGCUGAAGGGACGAUGCAGGAUUGGAGGAAACAUCGGAGUUGGUGGCUGUGA